AUGUCGAUACGGAUCGCACUUGAUGCCGCCCCCGAGUUUUAUACGAACCUGGACUUCGUGGAGGGGCGCGUCAUCCUGGGCCUAAACAGGCCAGAGAAUAUCGGCAAUAUUGUUGUCAAACUCGAGGGCGAGUGCAAGACCGCCGUCACACUUAGCGAGAGAGACCCGAAUCUUCCUCGCGCUCCGGGGGCACACGAUUUUGUUACGGAAACACACAAGCUGCUCUACCUCGUUGAGCAGGUGUACCCCGAUGCGCGGUCUGCAGCCUCCAUGGCCGUUGGCGCCAUGCCUGGCGUGCUGUUUCCCGGCCAGCACGAAUUUCGCUUCAAGUUCAAGGUGCCUCUGAACAAUAUCUGCGGGAAUCCGAAUGCGAUGGCGGCGCUCAACGGCAUCGGCGGUGUUGGAGGGGCUGGCAACUCGGGGUUUCUUGGCUUUGGUGGAUUCCGCACCAUGGAUGGCAGCAAGCAGUUGAUGCUGCAGCACGUGCGAACCACACUCCCACCAUCGGUGACAGGGUUUCCAAGAAAAGCAGAAGUCCGUUAUUACAUCAAGGUCACCAUUCAAAGACCAGGCUUUUUCAAGGAGAAUUGGAGAUAUCAGAUCGGUCUAAAAUUUCUUCCAGUCGAGCCCCCUCGUCCGACUCUGACCGGGCAAGAGGCAUUUGCCAGGCGGCCCUUUCUCUUCAAACCUAGAACUCCCGGGACUAUGAAAAGGAAAAGCUCCUUCUUUGGUUCAAAAAGCAAUCAGACAGACACAGAGAAUCAGGUCCCCCCUUCGUUCGAGGUUUCGGCACGACUCCCACAUCCUACCAUUCUGACCUGCAAUAAGCCUAUGCCGUUACGCUUAAUAGCCAAGAAACUCGCUGCGUCGCAGGAGCAGGUCUACUUGACCUCCAUCGAGGUCGCCCUCAUAGGAUAUACAAAUAUCCGGGUGUACGAUCAUCAGCAUGCCGAAGUGACUCGAUGGAUCGUAAGCUCCGCCAACAACCUGGCAAUACCUGUGGGAAACCCUGCAGAUGCUGUGGACACGGAAACCGUGCUUCCAGACCACCUGUGGGCGCACCAACCAUUACCAAACACUGUCGCUCCGUCGUUCACGGCCUGCAACCUCUCUCGCAGUUAUGAGCUUGAAGUCCGACUCAGUCUAAGCUGGGGGCUUCCAAACAAAAGCGGCAAGGCCAGCGCACCUUAUCCGCAAGUUAUAUUUCUACCCCUGAAAAUGUCCAAGGUCGAGAUCUUCUCCGGCAUUCAUCCUCCCAAAGAAUUACUGCAGCCCGCAAGGAAAAGGCCGCAGGCUCCGCCUCUUCCACCGCGGACAGCCACUGCUUCUUCCACUGCACCGCCGUCUGACCCCCUCUACCCGCCACAACUAGGACCUACAAAUGCUCCGCAACCCGACGAUGCACCUCCCAGCUACGACGAGGCCAUGGCACAAGACAUCACCGCACCUCAGGAGAGACCGGCCUAUAGCGGCGUGACGGCUGAGAAUGAUCCUAGCAUAGUGCCUCCUGAGAAGUCUGGGUUACACUAG